CGGUUUCGUUUCGUUGUUUACCGUCCUGCUUUCGGUUCGACACUUUGAACAGGGGCUUCUACUCCACAGGUUUACAAGGUUUAAACUACACACGUAAGCUAUUUCUAAAGGAAGAGUCUUCUACAGCAGUGAGCCAGGUACAGCAGGUUUGAAAAGCAUGGCAUCCGGCUGGGAGGGAGACUACUCGGCUCUUCAAUUUGCUAUUGUGGAAGACAAAAAGGAUUAUGGAAAGUUCAAGAUAGAGAGGAAGGACCUUGGUGAUUUUACAAAGCUGGCUUUUAGCGUCACUUUUGAUGAGGCACAAAAGGAGCUGCGAGUUCGGACCAGGAAGGAUAAUGACUUGUAUGGAUUUAAUUACGUCAUUAAGGGAUUAAUUAAAACUUCAAACCUUGAAGGGGGACUAAAGAAGGAGAAGAAGCAGGCAGUCCUGCGGAUAGAAAAGGAUUUGAAAAAUGGAAACUUUAAUCUUAGUGACAAAUAAAACACAUCAUCAUCAAUACGUUUAGAAUGGUUGAGUACAGCAUUUGUUGUAAUCAGGAUUUCAGAGAGGAUCAAAGACAGCUUUUACUUUAAGAGACAAUCCUGGAAUAUUCUAACACAGCAUUUUGUUUAUAGUUCACAUUUAUAAACUGUACAUUAUACAUAAUAACAAUGUGAUCUCUUUUUGCUAGACAUUAACACUGGAUUACCUCCCCUCGUUGGAUAAACAUGUAUUGACAUAAUCAUAGACUUCAGCAUAGGAUUACAUGUACCUCGCCUCGUUUGAGAAUACCAUAUAGGUAUCAUACUGGAUUAUCUCCUCUUGUUGGAGAUGACCAUGAUAUAACCUACAUGUAUUUUGAUUGAAGGAAAUCUCUUGUAAAAAAAUGUUGAUAAUGGGUCUUUUAGAAAAAUCUUAUAUGCAUGUAUUACUGUUUAUUGAAUUCAUUUCACUGUCUUUAAUUGGGUUACAACAGACAAUAAACUGAAUUGCUUGUUAUAACCCAAUAUUAUGUGUUGCAAUGCUAGUCUUUACAUCAUGAUUACCAGAAGAAGAGAGCAGGUACAAAGUAUAUUGCAAAAGUCACAAGGACUAAUUGUAUCAUAGAUCGAGCUAGACAUUAACGCCGGAUUAUCUCCCUCAUUAGAGAUUACUAUAUAGGCAUUAACACUGGAUUAUAUUAAUUACCUCCCCUUGUUG